AUGGAGAGAACUCUGCUGGGGACCAGCUUUACAGCUGUUACCUCAUUUGAAUCUGGACGAGAGCACUCUGCCGGGGACCAGCUUCAAACUAACAAUCCGGCAUGCCCUGAGCCAGAAUUCACUUUAGGCCUUAGCGGCCACACAGAUAGCGGAUUCUUGACUAUUCUAUUACAAGAUCAAAUAGGUGGCCUUCAAGUCUUUCAUGAAAAUAAGUGGGUUGAUGUACCUUUCUUGCCUGGAGCUCUAAUAGUUAACAUUGGAGACUUAAUGCAGUUAAUCACAAAUGAUAAGUUCAACAGUGUUCUUCACCGAGUGCUGGCUAAAAAUGUUGGACCAAGAAUUUCAGUAGCAAGUCUUUUCAGAAUGCAAUUUCAAGAAGGCAGUGAAUCCAGACUAUAUGGGCCAAUCAAGGAGUUGUUAUCAGAGGAAAACCCUCCAAUGUACCGGGAACCAAGCAGAAAUGAGUAUGUUGCUUAUCUAUACAGCAAAGGGCUCGAUGGAACGUCUUUAUUGUCACAAUAUUUCAAAUUGCAGAAAUAG